AUCGAACAAUGAACAAUCCCACCUAGGCUACCGAGCACCCACUCCUUGACUUGUUCAUGUAUAAUUCCAAAGGGUUCACCCUUAAUGUUUAAUUCCCAAGGGACGUUUCUGAAAGCGAGGAUUGGAUUGACAGGUGAAACACGUUUGCAGAGGCGAUGUUUUGUCAUCAUCCUUAUCCACCCGCCAGGAUAUAUACAGCUUUUAUGCUCUUCAAUCUACCGGCGAUUAUUGGCAUGCGUGGAUUGUUUGGGGCGCUUGAAUCAAUUCUGCUUACAAACAAGCUGCCGAUUGACAUUAGUUUCUUCACUGCAAAGGGAACGCGCCUAUUUCAUCUCCUCUUGUACGCAUUUGAUUCUAAUCUCCAGUUAUAGCAUAUAUUUCCAGCUUGUUUCUCAAUUCGUGUGUAGGUAUGUAUUGAUUAAGUUCGUCGAAUGAGGGAAUUUUGGGUGCGAAGUUGUUUUGGCGUUAUUUCGCAUUCUAGGGUUUGGAUUGAGAGGUUUGGGGCUUUUUGAUUCUUCGACUUUUUGUUAAUGGUUUAAGGCUGUGAUUGUUCGAUUCUUCGUUCUUUUCCUCCGAUACAUCGAAAUUUCUCUAAUUGCUUGUUGAAUAAUUGUCUCUGCAAGUUUUAAGUAGGAACCAUUAGGGAUUGAGAUUAGGUUUUAAAUUACCAGAAGCCAUGGAAAUAAGUAGUGAGGCUAUUUUUGAUUCUUUCUCCAUUGGUCCUUCGACACUAUUUGGUAGAGCCAUUGCAUGUAGAGUAUUGUUCUGCAACUCCAUGUCUCAUCUGAAGCAUCAGCUCUUUCGAUUAUUGUUAGAAUACUUUGACAAGUUGAAGUAUUGUUUGAGACACUAUUUGUCUCCUGUAAUCUCAUCCUUACACCCACAGAAUCCCCAAGCGAUUCUAAUAAUGGUUAUGGUAAUCGCCUUCAUGCUCAAGCGCUACACAAAUGUGAAAUCGAAGGCAGAGAUGGCGUAUAGGAGAAAGUUUUGGAGGAACAUGAUGAGGGCAGCAUUGACCUACGACGAAUGGGCUCAUGCAGCUAAAAUGCUGGAUAAAGAGUCGGUAAAAACGAAUGAAGCGAACCUCUACGAUGUGGAGCUUGUAAGAAAUAAACUUGAGGAGCUUCGCCAUCGUCGCCAGAAAGGUUCACUUAGGGAUGUCAUAUUUUACAUGAGGGCUGACCUUGUUAGGAACUUAGGUAAUAUGUGCAACCCGGAGCUUCACAAGGGGCGACUCCAAGUCCCGAAGCUCAUAAGGGAGUACAUAGACGAGGUCACAACACAGUUGAGAAUGGUAUGCACCUCCGACUCGGAGGAUCUUCUUUGGGAGGAGAGACUUGCUUUCAUGCACGAAACGAGGCAUACCUUUGGUAGAACAGCUUUACUCUUAAGUGGUGGUGCUUCUUUAGGAGCUUUCCAUGUCGGAGUGGUGAAAACAUUGGUAGAGCAGAAGCUCCUGCCCCGGAUAGUUGCUGGCUCAAGCGUAGGGUCGAUUAUCUGUUCUAUUGUUGCCACGAGGUCGUGGCCCGAGCUGCAGAGUUUCUUCGAGGAAUCUUGGUAUUCUAUCCAAUUCUUCGACAGAUUAGGUGGGAUUUUUUCGACAUUCAAGAGGGUCAUGAUGCGUGGUGCAGUUCAUGACAUUAGACAGUUGCAGGUGAUGCUGAGGGAGCUCACGAAUAAUCUAACUUUCGAAGAGGCUUAUGAUAUAACGGGGAGGAUAUUGGGGAUCACAGUUUGCUCCCCUAGGAAGCACGAGCCGCCUCGAUGCCUCAACUACUUGACUUCUCCUCAUGUCGUCAUAUGGAGUGCUGUGACGGCCUCGUGUGCUUUUCCUGGUCUGUUUGAAGCUCAAGAACUCAUGGCUAAGAAUAGGAGGGGAGAAAUCGUCCCUUACCACCCUCCAUUUCAUUUGGGACCCGACGAGGCUCCGAGUGCUUCAGCUCGCCGGUGGAGAGAUGGCAGCCUGGAGAUCGAUUUGCCGAUGAUGCAGUUGAAAGAACUCUUUAAUGUGAAUCAUUUUAUAGUUAGCCAAGCGAAUCCUCACAUUGCACCUUUGCUGAGGAUGAAGCAGAUCAUUAGAGCUUACGGUGGCAACUUCGCUGCAAAGCUAGCUCAUCUCGUCGAGAUGGAGGUAAAACAUCGAUGCAAUCAGAUAAUGGAGCUCGGCUUUCCCCUCGGAGGACUUGCCAAGCUUUUCGCGCAGGACUGGGAGGGCGACGUAACUGUUGUUAUGCCGGUCACUUUAUCUCAACUGUUGAAGAUAAUACAGAAUCCGUCUUAUGGCGAGCUUCAGAAAGCCGCGAAUCAGGGGAGGAGGUGCACUUGGGAGAAGCUAUCGACUAUAAAAGCGAAUUGUGCGAUCGAACUCGCGCUCGAUGAGUGUGUUACGAUACUCAACCAUCGGCGGAGAUUGGAAAGAAGUGUCGACCGAGCUGCUGCCUCUUUUCAAAGUCUCCCGUCACCGUUCAAAUCCAAUGCGUCGAGGAGAAUCCCGUCGUGGAAUGUCAUAGCCCACGAAAGCUCGACAGGUUCCCUCGAAGAUCUCCCUGCCCCAGCCGCACAUGGCAUGAAGAAUUUGCGCAAUGGAAGCAAUAACGAUCUCGAAAAUGUUGACCUCCAUUCUUGGACGAGAACCGGUGGCCCGUUGAUGAGGACUACCUCAGCCAACGAAUUCGUAGACUUUGUGCAUAACCUAGUCCCCCCGAGCGUCGAAAAUCCUGGAGUUACCGUGGCACCACGAGUCGACCUUCAUACGAAGCAAAUGUGCAACGGCAUUGUAUUAAACAACGUGAAGAAGGGACCGUCGAAUUCAAAUUCAAAUCAAUCCGAUCGAGUAAGGGAUUCGGACAAUGCAGCCGAGUGCCUACAGCUCGACUGCCCGGACGAGGAAACCACCGACGACGACGACGACAAAAAUUGAAUCGAAUUGUCCAAUGUCCCGCGGCGCGCAUUUGAUUCCACAUGAUGAUUGGUUGGAGACAGGUCAGGCUUUGAUUCGAUUUGAUUUGAUUAGAUUUGUUUUGGGGAAGACAAGAAGAUGCUGGGUUGUAUGUAUACUAUACCUGUUCCUGGCGGUGGUGAGUGAGCCAACUCGGUGUCUUUUUCCGGCAGCCUUUUUCUUCAGUCAGCCUUGGUUUCGCCGCCGUAUGUUAAUUUACCCGCCGGCCGGCCGCCGCCUUCUCCGCGUGCUACUGUUGGUGGGGCCCGGGAGUAUUGCUCCUGUGCAGAGUAGGGUAGAAUAUGAAUAUACCCGUGAUAUUUGUGGGCUCCACAGGAAAGUUGGGUUGUAAUUGAGAUUGCUUGAUAAUUUUUAUUUGGAAAAAAAUAAAAUCAGAGCACCGUAUGUAUAGAUUAAAAGAUCAAUUGUAUACUUAUGAUUGUAUGUAAGAAAAGAAUUGUGUCUC